GCCCGACGUCACAAUCUUGGAAUCGCUGGCGCCAUCUAUGUUACUAGCCAACCUAUAGGGAAUUACGAAUUAGCGGCACUUAUACAAAGGAAGGAAGCGCAACUUUCAAUAUAUUUAUACAAUAUAUUUAUAUAACCAGCUAACCUACCUAGCUUCCGUUCUUCCAUCCAUACCUACUUUGGCUUCUUACUACCAUACCAUAUUCAUCUAUCUAUCUGUUGAAUCUAAAUAAAUCGCUUUUGAAUUUCAUCGUUGCCGAUACAAGUUUCAUCAUUUGUCAGACAUUUCCAAAAUGCGAGCAUACUGGUACGAUAACGCUCCUGGCGACCAGCGCCUACCCCAUGACUCAGGCAAGGACAUAGACGCCGCGGCGCUGGAGAAGCUGGGCGUGCUGUACUACAAGUACCCCGAAGUGUCGGCGGUGGACGCGCUGGCGCAGGACCGGGGCUACAAGAACCGCGACGAGAUCACGGUGUCGCCCGAGAAGAUGGGCGCCGUGUACGAGGACAAGGUCAAGUCCUUCUUCCACGAGCACCUGCACGAGGACGAGGAGAUUCGCUACAUCCGCGACGGCCAGGGGUACUUCGACGUCCGCAGCAAGGGCGACGAGUGGGUGCGCAUCCAGCUCGAGAAGGACGAUCUGAUUAUCCUGCCCCCAGGCAUCUACCACCGGUUUACUACGGAUGAGAGCAAUUAUAUCCAGGCGAUGCGCCUUUUCAAGGACGAGCCCAAGUGGACGCCCCUGAACAGGUCUAGUGAGCUGGACUCGAACAAGUUCCGCAAGGAGUACGUCGAACACUACCUGGAAGAAUGAAGGUUGGAGGAUAUUAGAAGGGAUGGAGGGGAUCGUGAAAAUGGGUUUCUGUAGGUUUCUUCAAGCUAGCGAAUGAAUGAGACAGUAGCAAAUAGUUUUGUGAAUAAAAGCCUCUUGAUGAUGUUACGCAUGAAAUGGAUAUUUACCAUCUAGAAGUUAUACCCAAGAAUACAUGGUCAGUGGUCACUACAUGUACUACUACUAUGUACGUAUGUAGAGCCAGUGAGCCACAAGUUCGGGAAACGAUAUUGCGGGGAUUAGUAAACUGCAUACCCCAGUUCGAUAGGUGCACAGGGAACCCCAAAUU